CCACCAUUGCCUGCCUGUGACCAUGAAAGCUGUCCUCUUCAUCCUGCUGGCUGCUGGCUUGGCCCUGCAGCCAGGCACAGCCCUGCAGUGCUACUCCUGCCAGUCCCAGGUGAGCAAUGGGGACUGCCAGCACGUGCAGAACUGCACCCUCUCGGAGACCCAGUGCUGGACUGAGCGCAUCAGUGCUAUUGGCGUCCUGACCAUCAUCAGCAAGGGCUGUAGCUCGAACUGCAAGGAGGACUCGCAGAACUACUACGUGAGCAAGAAGAACGUCACGUGCUGCUCCACUGACCUGUGCAAUGCCAACGGGGCCCAUGCCCCGCAGCCGGCUGUCGUCACCCUGGUGCUGCUCUCCACUGUCCUCAGCCUGCUGCUCUGGGGUCCCAGCCAGCUGUAGGCUCCAGGAGGACCCCUGU